AUGCAUCAAAUGCAAGAGCAUUUCAAUGUGAUGAAUCGUAUUGUGGCGGCGAGAUUGAGUGCUUGUCUUGAGAAGCGAAAGGGAUCGAUCACUGAAGAAGAUGCUGUGAAUCACAGGAAGUAUUCGUUGGCAAUCGGCGAUGAGCUGAGGAAGUUGAACGAGCGCAACAACAAUGAUAACGCUGAGGAUGAUCUGAUGAUGCGCAGAUUCGAUAAGUCGAUACCGGCCGUGAUCACGGCGAAACCGCCGAAUGGACUGGUGAAGACGGCAGUGGAUGCGAUCGCGGCUGCUCAGCUGCCACUAUCGACUCCGCUCUCGGUGAUCACGGCUGCUCCGCCAGCUUCAUCGGCCCCAGUUGUUGUUAUGGCCGCCGGCACUCAAGCGCCAACACUGUUGCAACCGUAUAUUACAUCAUCUCUGGUGGCUGCCGGUAAUUCGGCAAUGCCAUUCCAAGCGGCUGCUGCUGUCUUGAACGUUUCGGACGCACCGACGAUCGCUAACAACCUGGCACUAGCAGUUCCAACUGUUGUGCCAGCUUCGGAGGCAACUUCGGCAAAGGUUGAAGCGGUAAUAAAAGAGCAAAAAGUUGACCUGGACUAUAGUGUACGAGUGCCAAUGGUGGCUGAACAUGCGAAGAAGGUGACGGAUGGUGGUUGUCUGAAUGAAAAGGAAAGAACUAAAGAUGAUAUGACGAAGAUGGACUUGACACAAGCAGCGCUAUCACCAAAACAGAUUGGUGGUAACGCGAGCAGUGAGGCGUCUGAAACGACACACGUUGGUGAAGAAACGAAAACAGUGAAAACACUCGAAACAGUAGCAAGACAGGCACUUAACAGUAUACCUGCUGCUACUGUCACGCCCAUGGCAACACUGACGAAUACAACGCCAAGUGAUGGACGAAUUGCUCAAUCGGGUUCAGUUGAAGCGGUGGAUGAGCUCUGGAAGCGUAGCGCUGCUCUGCCGACAACACCACUGAAGAGCGCCGCCGCUCCAAUUAUUGUGGCUCCUGCUGCUCCUGUUGUUGCAGGAAACGGACCUAUUAGUAAUAAUAGUUAUAGAAAUAGUAGUCAGGAUAAUAAUAAUAGUGCGAAAAUGGUCACGACGACGACAAAGAAUCGUGUACAUAAUACGAAUAGUAAUAGCGGUAGACGAGGUCAACAACAACAACAACAGCAACAAGCGAUCAGUUUGAUGAACGCGAUGAAUUUGAGUCAGAAUAUGGACUUGAGUCAGCAACAACAAAACAUGAUAAUGCAUCAGAACCAAGCGCAGAAUCAGAUUCUCAUGGUGACAGCAGCUGCGCCACCAACCUACCAUCAUCCCCAACAGCAACAACAACAUGGUGGUGGUGGUGGUCAUGCUCAGGCCCACGUUUCUCAUCAGCAUCAUCAACAACAGCUUCAGCAAAUGAUCCAACAACAGCAUGCUUCUGCUAAUGCUCCACAACCAAUGCCCGUGCAUGUUUCGCAGGUGAGAUUCGCGAUCAGUUUUUCGGACAACUUGUCGAGUUGUUUGUUGCUAUUACAUUAUGGGAUGAAAUGA